CUAUCCUGAACCCGAAGCAGCCCAAAGAGACACCAAAAAGCUUCAGCUUUGACUAUUCCUACUGGUCCCACACCACGCCCGCAGACAUCAACUAUGCGUCUCAGAAGCAAAUCGGUGAGGAGAUGUUGCAACAUGCCUUCGAAGGCUAUAACGUUUGCAUCUUCGCCUACGGGCAGACAGGUGCCGGAAAAUCCUACACCAUGAUGGGGAAGCAGGAGAAGGACCAGCAAGGCAUCAUCCCGCAGCUGUGCGAGGACCUCUUCUCCCGCAUCAACGACACGACGAACGACAACAUGUCCUACUCCGUGGAGGUGAGCUACAUGGAGAUAUAUUGCGAGCGUGUGAGGGACCUCCUGAACCCCAAGAACAAGGGGAACCUGCGGGUGAGGGAGCAUCCCCUUAUGGGCCCAUACGUUGAGGACCUUUCCAAGCUGGCCGUGACCUCUUACAAUGACAUCCAGGACCUCAUGGACUCUGGGAACAAGGCCCGCACAGUGGCUGCCACCAACAUGAACGAGACCAGCAGUCGCUCCCACGCCGUGUUCAACAUCAUCUUCACACAGAAGCGGCAUGACGCCGAGACGGACAUCACCACUGAGAAGGUCAGCAAAAUCAGCUUGGUGGACCUGGCAGGGAGCGAGCGAGCUGACUCCACUGGCGCAAAGGGCACAAGACUAAAGGAAGGAGCAAACAUCAACAAGUCCUUGACCACGCUGGGGAAAGUCAUCUCUGCCCUGGCCGAAAUGGAUUCGGGGCCGAACAAGAACAAAAAGAAAAAGAAGACAGAUUUCAUCCCCUACCGGGACUCAGUGCUGACCUGGCUGCUGCGGGAGAACCUGGGGGGCAACUCCAGGACGGCCAUGGUUGCUGCUCUCAGUCCUGCCGACAUCAACUAUGACGAGACCCUCAGCACCCUCAGGUACGCUGACCGUGCCAAGCAGAUCCGCUGCAAUGCCGUUAUCAACGAGGACCCCAACAACAAGCUCAUCCGGGAGCUGAAGGAUGAGGUGGCACGCCUGCGCGAUCUUCUUUACGCCCAGGGCCUUGGGGACAUCAUUGACACCCAUCCUGCUGCGGGAGGAUCCAAAUUGACCAACGCCAUCGCCGGGAUCAGCCCCUCUUCCUCCCUGUCGGCCUUGUCCAGCCGUGCCGCCUCCGUCGCCAGCCUCCAUGAGCGCAUCAUGUUUGCUCCGGGCAGCGAAGAGGCAAUCGAAAGGCUCAAGGAAACGGAGAAGAUCAUUGCGGAACUGAACGAGACGUGGGAGGAGAAGCUGCGGAGGACGGAGGCAAUCCGGAUGGAGAGGGAAGCGUUGCUGGCCGAAAUGGGGGUGGCCAUGAGGGAGGAUGGAGGCACGUUGGGUGUUUUCUCUCCUAAAAAGACGCCCCACUUGGUCAACCUGAACGAGGACCCGCUCAUGUCCGAGUGUCUUCUCUACUACAUCAAAGACGGGAUAACAAGGGUUGGCCGGGAAGAUGCAGAGAAGAGACAGGACAUCGUUCUCAGUGGGCACUUCAUUAAGGAAGAGCACUGCCUUUUUCGCAGCGACACCAAAACCGGCGGUGAAGUAAUAGUGACCCUGGAGCCCUGUGAAGGCGCCGACACCUACGUGAACGGCAAAAAGGUGACGGAGCCCAGCAUCCUGCGCUCAGGAAAUCGCAUCAUCAUGGGGAAGAGCCAUGUCUUCCGCUUCAACCACCCCGAGCAGGCUCGGCAGGGACGGGAGCGGACCCCGUGUGCCGAGACCCCCGCUGAGCCCGUGGACUGGGCUUUUGCCCAAAGGGAGCUGCUAGAGAAGCAGGGCAUCGACAUGAAGCAGGAGAUGGAGCAGCGGCUCCAGGAGUUGGAGGACCAGUACCGGAGGGAGCGGGAGGAGGCGAAUUACCUUCUUGAGCAGCAGAGGCUGGACUAUGAAAGCAAACUGGAGGCUUUGCAGAAGCAGAUGGACUCUAGGUAUUACCCUGAGGCAAACGAGGAAGAGGAAGAACCUGAGGAUGAAGUGCAGUGGACAGAGCGGGAGUUCGAGCUGGCCCUCUGGGCCUUUAGGAAGUGGAAGUGGUACCAGUUCACCUCCCUCCGCGACCUGCUCUGGGGCAACGCUAUCUUCCUCAAGGAAGCCAACGCCAUCAGCGUAGAGCUGAAGAAGAAGGUCCAGUUUCAGUUCGUGCUCCUCACGGACACGCUGUACUCGCCUCUCCCUCCCGACCUGCUGCCUCCCGAUGCUGCCAAGGACCGGGAGAAGCGGCCGUUCCCCCGGACCAUCGUGGCUGUAGAGGUGCAGGACCAGAAGAACGGGGCAACGCAUUACUGGACCCUGGAGAAGCUGAGGCAACGCCUGGACCUGAUGCGUGAAAUGUAUGACCGUGCAGCAGAAGUGCCUUCUAGCGUCAUCGAGGACUGUGACAAUGUGGUGACUGGCGGAGAUCCUUUCUACGACCGCUUCCCCUGGUUCAGGCUGGUCGGCAGUUCAGAUAUCUCUGGCUGCAACAGCUCUCCUCUUUUCAACACAUGCAUGAGCGAGCGCAUGGCUGAUCUC